AUGGCUGACCAGAGCGCUGACAAGAAGGUGGAGGAGACCCUGAACGGGGCAGACAUAAAGCUGCUGCUGAUUGACUUUGACGGCACACUGUUCGUGGACAAGGACAUAAAGGUGCCGAGCGAAAACAUCGAGGCGAUUAAGGAAGCAAUUGAAAAGGGGUACAUGGUAAGUAUAUGUACAGGGAGAUCAAAGGUAGGAAUAUUAAGUGCAUUCGGUGAAGAAAAUUUAAAAAAAAUGAACUUUUAUGGUAUGCCUGGAGUAUAUAUUAAUGGAACGAUCGUGUAUGACCAGAUUGGUUACACCCUCCUGGACGAAACAAUAGAGACUGAUGUGUAUGCAGAAUUAAUUAAUUACCUAGUGCAAAAUAAUUUAGUGAAUCAAACCAUUUUCCAUCGAGGAGAAUCAAAUUAUGUGACGGAGGACAAUAAGUAUUCAGACUUCCUGCAAAAAAUGUACAGCGAAAAUAGAAGCAUUAUAAUAAGGCACAAUGAAAUGCUGAAAUAUCGCACCAUGAAUAAAUUAAUGAUUGUGUUGGAUCCCUCAGAGUCCAACACUGUGAUAAAGAAUCUAAAACAGAAAUUUAAAAAUAAGUUAACCAUUUUUACCACCUAUAAUGGACACGCAGAGGUGACUAAGUUAGGUCAUGAUAAGUACACAGGAAUUAAUUACCUUUUAAAGCACUACAAUAUAUCUAAUGACCAAGUGUUAGUGGUGGGGGAUGCUGAAAAUGAUAUUGCUAUGCUGUCCCAUUUCAAAUACUCCUUUGCUGUUGCCAAUGCCACUAACUCGGCCAAAUCUCAUGCCAAGUGUGUACUCCCCCUUUCUCACAAGGAGGGGGCCGUGGCGUAUUUGCUCAAGAAGGUAUUCGCUUUGAAGAAGUGA